AUGUUUGGAGAAGAGAACGUAAAAAAGAUAAACAGUAUUGCUCUUUCAAAUAAUACAAUUUCUCGUCGAAUUCAGGAUAUGUCUGAAGAUAUUGAGUUGACAGUAAUAUAUAGAAUAAAAAACAGUAAAAUUUUCGAUAUUCAAGUUUAUGAAAGCACCGAUGUUACCAAUUUCGCAGUUUUACUUGUUAUUGCAAGGUACUUAAAUAAUAAUGAAGUCGAAGAAAAUGUUUUGCUUUGUCAUUUAUUGUCUGAACGCACAACUGGUGAAGAUAUAUUCAAUGCUAUUGAUUGUUAUUUCAAAAAAAUGAGUAUUAAUUGGUCCAAUUGUUGUGGAUUAUGUACCGAUGGUGGAAAGUCAAUGUCGGGUAUAUAUUCUGGUCUUCGAGGUCGCGUUAUGAAAAUAGUUCCUAAUAUAAACUGGAGUCAUUGUUGUAUUCAUCGACAGAGUUUAGCAUCUAAAAACCUUCCAGGGGAACUAAAAGUCGUUCUUGAUGAAGCAGUUAAAUUAGUUAAUCUUAUAAAAUCAAGGUCUACAAAUUCGAGAAUAUUUAAAGCUUUAUGCGAAGUCCUCAUUCAAGUUUACUUUUUCACACAGAAGUAA